AUGGGCAAACCAUCAUCCCAGCAACUUUCUAAGAAAUCAAAUCAUUCUUUGAAUUCAAACAAUAGCCAGAGGAUACUAUCAAUGAGCACUCAAAAAAUGGAAGUGGUCAGGAGAAAGAAACAUAAAAAAGCAAAAAAUAAAAUAAAAAACUUAUUUGAGAAACUUAAAAGGAGGAGUGUGAGUUCUUUGAAUACAUCUCAAGAUGUCCCUGUUAUAUCACUUGACAGGAGUGAUUCGAAUAAUACAAUAAUUCCUGUUGAUACUAUUUGUGAUUCAACCACCCACAAAAGGAAAAUUGACUUAACAAGCGAUGAACCUGCUAAACGGAGAAGAAGUGAUAAUAGCUUAAUUAUAAUCGCUGACGAAGACACAACAACAGAUAAUGUUCCUUUUAAUGUAAGCUCUCCGAAUCGAAGUAAUACUCACAUAACUUGUUCUACACCCAUAAGUAGACGGGACAGCAAAACAUUACAGAAUAUGAUAAUUAACAACUUUACGAAGUCAAAUAACAAUAAUGCAUCAGUAAACUUGAAUGAAGAAGUUAUAAAUUUAACCAAAGAAAUACACAAAGAUUCUUACUUAACUAUAGAUUUAACUGCAGAAUCUGAAGUAAAUAAAACAAAUAACAUAAUUAUUGAUGUAGAUAAAAGCCUUAAUGAUGCCACGCAGACUUCAGAUUGUAGUUUUGUGUCCAUUUCUAAUGCUAGUCUGUCCAUGAGCGGAGAUUCGGACAUUACUAUUAUUCAAAAUAAUAGGACUAAGAGAAAGGAAAAUGAUGUAAAGAAGUUUGCUAAAGGUAUUUCUAAGUUAAAUUCUACAGAAAAGGGGAAAUUACUAGAACUGAUAGCAAAGAAUAUCUUUAAUGGCUGUAAAAUAUCAAAAGAUGUGAAAGCAAGCCUUAAUAAUAUGAGAUUUCAGACUCAAGCAACAGAAACAGUACAGGAUACAUUUAUCAAAGAAGUUAUUCUCGGAGAAUCAAAAUCAAGAAACAGUAUAGGCAGUAAUAUUUAUCAUCCGAGCAAAGAUGAUAGAAACAAAAAGGGCUUGCGUAUGAUUGUUAUAGAUGGAAGCAAUGUUGCUAUGGAACACACCAAAGGAUCUCAAUUUUCAGUGCAGGGCCUCAAGAUAUGUAUAGAUUACUUCGUGAAACGUGGCCAUGUUGUUAAAGCAUUUGUGCCUAGGUUUAGAUGUAAAUAUGGCAAGAGUACAGAUCCUAGGUUACUGGAUCAUUUGGAGAGGCAAGGCCUGGUCGUAUACACUCCAUCGAGGGAAAUCCAAGGGAGAAUGUGUACACCAUAUGAUGAUAGGUAUAUAGUACAAUGUGCAGCUGAAUUCGACGGCGUCAUUGUGUCCGGUGAUAACUACAGGGACUUACUUAAAGAGAAUCCAAGAUGGCGGUUCGUAAUCGAAAACCGUCUGCUACCGUUCACAUGGGUCAAUGACAUGAUAAUGUUUCCCAGAGACCCUCUUGGAAGAAACGGUCCAACACUAGAACAGUUUCUCAGGCAUCCUGAGACCUCUUAA